UCAAAAUGCCAAGCAUAACAAAGGCCUAGGUUAUGUUUCGCUCGCUAUCGCGGAAUCUAAGAGCAUCUGGCCGGAUCCAGAAGGGCCGAUCGAUGAGCGAUGACAAAGGAGCUCGCGAAUUCGCGAUCGCGCUGGACAAAUCAAAGAAAAUCACGGUUCUCACCGGUGCAGGGAUAUCCGCGGAAUCUGGGGUCCCGACCUUCAAAGAAUGGCGAGAAUGGAGUGCCAUGCUCACGACUCCGGAAGCCUUUGCGGCGAAUCCUUCCAUGGUGUGGGAGUUUUACCACUACCGGCGCUGCAUUGUGUCCAAGGCUGUGCCAAACGCCGGACACUAUGCAAUAACAGCGCUGGAGAAGAGAUGCGAGCAACAAGGGAAGGAGUUCAAGCUUUUGACACAGAACGUAGAUGGACUGCAUAGUCGCGCAGGCACAAAAUCCGUGGAAGAACUCCACGGCUCGAUGUGGAAGACCCGCUGCUGCACCUGCGACCAAGUGCUGCAAAACUUCGACAUGCCAAUCUGUGCAGCUCUCGAUGGAAAGGGGUGUCCAGAUCCAUCAGCUUACGACGCCAACAUUCCGAGACUACAGCUCCCGCGCUGCAGGUCAUGCAAUGGAUUACUGAGGCCGCAUGUUGUGUGGUUCGGGGAAUCUCUUGAUCUCGGUGUCAUGGAGCGUGCUCACGAAUCACUCCGCCGCUGCGACCUGCUGCUCGUUGCUGGAACUUCCGCUGUCGUCCAGGUAUAGAUUCCAAGGGACGUGCGCGGAGGCCUUGCCUCGCAGUCUGGAAAUCUCUCGCCAAGAGCUGCAGGAGCUGGAGCUGGAAGCAGCCAAGAGCGCAGCAGUGUAGCAAACAACCAAACAAACGAGUCCACGUCCAAAUCUCUCGAUCCGUGACAAGCGAGUCUUUGACUCGCCCGCUCGCUUCGUUUCGGCGAGUCAGGCCAAGCGUGUACUUUGCAAAUAAAUUCUCCGGAAAUGAGAGAGAGAGAGAGAGAGAGAGAGAGAGAGAGAGAGAGAGAGAGAGAGAGAGAGAGAGAGAGCGAGAGCGAGAUUCGAGCCUGUGACCGUCGUCCUAUUCCAGCGCCGUUGCAGGGAAUCGAACCCGUCACCAUCACCAGCAGUGCAUGCGGCGGCCGUACGCCGGCCGGUCCACUGACCACUUUUGGUGGCCAUGGCCAUGGCUCCAUGGGCCAUGGCUAAAGGGAGCAAUGCAUACAUGGGGGACACUGCUCUGACAAAGGUAUAAUGAGGCUGCCAAUUUCUUACGGCCAACUUACUUCUGACUUGGCAAAUCUUGUUUUAGAUUUUCCUCCUGUGUGUAGUUAGCUCGCUCCGCGAUUUUUUACCAUGGUAAAAAAUCACAAGGAUGAUCUCGAUUCUUGCCUUUAAUUUUCCACGCUGGAUUUGAUC